UUUUUUUUUUUUGAGAGCUGCGACCUUACUGCUUGUUCGAUCACUUUCAUAGAUGGAUCUCUUCAGAUUACUAGGUGGAGGCGCAAAGUUUGACAAGAAGCGCUUUAAGGAUGACUUCCAACUACUAGACCCUACUGCAACUGAACCCGAAGUUGAGGAAACCCUUACUGAGCAACCAGAUAAUGAGGAAGAACGACAGAAGUCUUUGUUAAAUGAAAUUGAUUUCUUUAAGAAUACUCAUACUAUCGUCGGCAACAACAAAAAAGCCAAAGACCCUAAGAAGUCAAAAGAAAAGAAGAAUAAAAAAUUGGAAGCUGAAGAAGACAAUCAGCAAGACGAGGAAGAAGACGACGACGACGAAGAAGAUCUUUUCACAAGUCAGGAAGAGGUGGCCCAGUUCAGAAAACAGAAUCGGAUCCGCGUUUAUGGAGACGACAUACCAAAUCCAUUUCGCAAAUUUGCAGACCUUUCAACGCCAUAUUACAAUCUUCGACCAUACAUUCGCCGUAAUCUGAAAGUCAGUGGGUUUGAGGAUCCCACCCCAAUUCAAAUGCAAUCUAUACCAAUCAUCAUGAAGGGACGGGAUCUUAUGUCGUGUGCACCUACUGGUUCAGGUAAAACAUUGGCAUACCUUCUCCCCAUUAUUCAUGAUUUGAAUGGGCCGGAAAAGGUUGGCUAUCGUGCUCUGGUUGUUGCUCCCACCCGUGAAUUGGCUCAACAGAUUUUCCGCGAGAUCAAGCGAAUUAGUGCCGGCAAAAAGUUCAAAAUUUGCAUGUUGACAAAGGCAACGGCUGCAACACAAGCACAGGAUCCAAAACUGCGACAGAAAUAUGAUAUCCUCAUUAGUACGCCACUGCGCUUAGUUCAUGCUAUACAGAGUGACGAGAUUGAACUCAAUCGUGUUCAACAUCUUGUCCUUGAUGAGGCUGAUAAAUUGUUGGAGCUUGGUUUCUUAGAGCAAAUGGACGAAAUCUUUGCGGCUUGCACAAAUGCUAACAUUCAAAAGUCACUCUUCAGUGCGACUAUACCAUCUGGAGUCGAAACGUUAGCAAAAACUGUCAUGAAAGAUCCUAUUCGAAUUGUUAUUGGCGCAAAGAAUGCCGCAACAGAAACCAUUAAACAGGAGUUACUGUUUGUUGGAAGUGAGGAUGGAAAACUCGUCGCCAUUCGACAGAUGGUGCAAAAGGGAUUGAAACCACCCGUUCUCAUCUUUGUACAGUCCAUCGAUCGUGCUAAGGAGCUUUUCCAUGAGCUGGUCUAUGAUGGUAUCAAUGUUGAUGUCAUUCACUCCGAGCGAACCAAAUCUCAGAGAGACAAUAUCAUUGACCAGUUCAGAGCCGGUCGCAUAUGGGUUCUCAUUUCAACCGAGCUGAUGGCACGUGGUCUUGAUUUCAAGGGAGUCAAUCUCGUCAUCAACUACGAUUUCCCUCAAACAGUGCAAAGCUAUAUCCACAGAAUCGGACGAACGGGUCGUGCUGGUCGUACCGGUGAAGCAGUUACAUACUUCACCAAGGAAGACGCACCUUACUUGAAAAGUAUCGUUAACGUCAUGCGAGGAUCUGGCUGUGAGGUACCUGAAUGGAUGCUUACGAUGAGAAAGCCAAGCCAAAACAUGAGGAAGCAGCUCCGUAAGGCGCCUAUAGAGCGUAAACAAAUUAAUACUAUGUCUAGUUACGACAAGAGAAAGAUCGCCCAUAAGAGGAAUAUGAUUGAGACGUCAAAGCGAAGGAAAACCGAGAAAGAAACUGAAAAAAAGGCAUAAACAUAGAGCUCAGUACCUAUUAUGCAUAGAAAAUUUUCAAUUUUAAUACUGUAGUUAUAGCCUCCUAGCUUUUACUUUUGUACAUGGUUUGGCCAUCAAAAUAGAUACUGUUUGAUUUUGGUUCAAGCCUCCCGCC